UUUGGUGGUGUAGUCGCGCUUCUCACCGGGGACCUGAACGUCGUCUUCCUUGAUGCUCUGCUCUUCCUUGAUGCUCUGGUCGGACGUCUCGCCACAGUGACGCUUGGUAGACGGCUCCUCUGCCAUUGCCCUUCUCCAGCGACGGCGGUUUUGAGACAGAGACGGUGGUUGCAGUUUGUGGAGUAGAUGGACGUGGUUCGCAUAAUGAGGGAGGAAUGGAGGAGAAGGUGCCUUUUUGAGUUCUGGGGGAGGCGGUUCGUCGCGUGAGGGAGGCGCUCGUCGUUAUCGUGAUCGUGGGGGUCAUGGGGCUCGUGCUGUUCGUGUUCCAUUCUGUAACCACCCACGGGCCUGCAACGAUAAAAUGCUUAAAACACUUCUGACAUGAAAAAAAAGAGAGCAAAAAACAGAGUACUAUCGGUCUCACAAGUGCACGCGGUCGUGCACCUCCUGCGGUCGUGCACCUCCUGCGGUUUGCCAUCAAUUGCUAUCGGUCUCACAAGUGGGUCCCCUUGUCAUCCACACAACCGCGCCACCACAUGUACCACAUUUUUCUUUCUCCCCGUCUCGACCACUCCACAUCUUUCUUUCUCCCCUUCUCGACCAGCGCCGCCGCCGCCAUCUCCCGACGACCCCUCUCUUCGCUGCCGGUGCGCGGCCGCCGCCAACUCCGGCAAAAUGGAGGAAGCACCAUGUGGACGCUGCAACUCACGGUGCCGGACCAGCCUUUCUACUGCCACGCUGUUCGGCAUCUACUUCCAGCCUUCUUUUGUUGUUGCAGCGAUCGUACCAUGCAAUGUGAGAUUGGCAUUCAAUGAGCUCAUCGGAGACACCGUGACCUUCGACGCUCUUGGGGGCCCAUACACUAUGCAGGUCGAGAAGGGGCGAAAGAUAACCCAGAUAGGAGGAGAUGAUUGGGAUCGUUUCAUCGCCCACAUGCGUCUUAGUGGGGGUGAAUUGAUCAGCUUCUCCUUCAGAAGAGAUAGGCCCAGGAUUUCUGUUAUCUAUCUAAAUUUGAUUCCGGAUAGUGAGGAUGAAGUUCAUGAGGAGGAAGAUGGUGCUGAUUCACAUGAUGACGAUUCAGAUGAUGAUGAGAACCCACUUGUUGAAUACCUGUAUGCCCAAGGACUCAGACUGGGCGACGAGGAAAUCGGCAACCUCUGGGACAUGCUUCCGCUACGUGAAGACUACCUAGGGAAGCCAUUCGUGACCCGCCUCACAAGGACGAAUGUUAAACGGCAUAUCAUGCUGUGGCAUCGACCCGGACGAAGAAGGCAUGGCUGCUGGACUACGCCUUACCAGAACGGGCUCCAUCACCAGCUGUGCCUAUGCAGUGGACACGGACGGUCGCACUGUCUUGAGCAGGGCAGGGUGGAAAAAGUUCCUUCGUGCCAAGAAUCUUCGGGUAGGACAAGCCAUCCUACUCACUGUUGCGAACACCCGUCGCCAUGACUUGAGGAUGAUGAUCACCAUCCACCUCAUUUAGAACUGGGGUGGGCCAUGUAUCAAUGUGAAAUGAACUUGUUAUGUUAGCUCUUGUUUGCGAGUACUUGUCGUGUAUUACCGUACCUAUAUCUACUCAUAUCUAGGUACUAUUGCUUGUGAUGGAUUGCAACUAUUAUUAACUGGUAACUAAUGCUCUACUAGCUAUUGCAUCAGAAAAACCCUGUUUAUUUUUCUAAGCACCACCGUACGCAUCAAGCAUUGUACAAGGCUUAUCAUGCAUCACCAAAAUAGUAUUAACAACUUGGAACACUAAACCAGAGUAGCAGCAAACUCUUAAGAUAAACGGCAGAUCAACCACCGCACAGCAUAAGUUCAG